AUGUCCACCACCCCAGUCGAAGAUGCCAUGCGACUCAAGAUCACAGCAGCCCUGCAACCCACCACACUCGAAAUCCACAACGACUCCAGCAUGCACGCGCACCACCAAGCCAUGCAAGGCAGCGUAUCCAAAGAGACGCAUUUCCGCGUGCUCAUCACCUCGGAAGCGUUCAAAUCGAAGAUGCAACCCGCAAGACACCGGAUCGUGUACGCUCUGCUGAAGGAGGAGCUGGAGAGGGCGGGAGGGAUACACGCGCUUCAGUUGCGGACGAGGACGCCGGAAGAGGAGGAAAGGCAGGUUGCUAGGGAGAAGGCGGAGGAGUGA